AUGGACGGCCCUCCCCGCGCCCGACCCGACCGCGACCGACCCGACCGCGAAAAAUCCAUCCCCAGCUCGCCCACCUUCUACACCGGCCGCUCCGAGUUCUACGACCACAUUGCUACCCUCGAGUCCGCCGUCGAGAAUACCCACAGCGUCCUCCGCUCCCUCCAGCUCCUCCCCCUCCCUGCCUUCGCCCGCGACUCUCUCCCUCCCGCGCAGCCCAUGUGGAAGUCGCGAGACACCAUGUCUUCCAUGUUUAUGCGCAAGCUCACCACCGCCCGCUACCGGCGCCUCAUCACCCUUCUCGCCCAGCUCGAUGAGUAUGAGCGCAUCGCCGACGCCGCCGGCCACAUCGAGAUGCAAAACGGUAUCGCCAGCAUACUGAGCUUGUUCGAGCGCCCCGACAAGGCCGCGCAGCUCGCGCGCAAGCAUAUCAAGCUGGCCAAGUUUGAUAAGUAUGGGCGCACGCACACCGUCGGCAAGAGGAAGGAGAGCACCGCCCGCGUGUGGAUCAUCCCCCCUGUAGUGGACAACCCAUUCGCGCGAACAGAAUCCUCGCACCCGAAGGUCGAUGUGACCAUGUCGCAGAUCCUGGUAAACAACAUCCCUCUCAACGAGUUCUUCGCCUCCCCCGCGGACCGCGCGCGCAUCGUGCGGCCGCUCAAGCUCGCCGGCGUGUUGGGCGCGUUCAACGUCUUCGCCCUCGUGCGCGGAGGGGGCACGACCGGCCAGUCUGGCGCGAUCACACACGGCAUCGCGCGCGGCAUCGUGGCGCAUGUGCCGGAGGUGGAGAUCAUCCUGCGUAAAGCGAAACUUCUCAGACGUGAUCCUCGUAUGGUCGAGCGCAAAAAGACCGGUAUGGCCAAGGCGCGCAAGCGGUAUACUUGGGUCAAGCGGUAA